AAACACACCAGCCGGGAAGAGGGCAAGUGCGAGCAGCUGAUCUGCCAGAUCCCCCGAUCCCCCACCUUUUGUCAGAAAGCUACCAAGUACGCUCCCAGAAAGCUACGCUCCAGAGGAACGCGUUGCGAUCAGUAGGUGCCUAGCCAGAAUUUUCAUCACACGCAUCACGAGUCUUUGAGAACAUUCUACGCCAGCAACAUAGGCUCAUCAUGGAUUCCGAAAUUGGGAGCACUCAGAUCUCGAACGCGACCUCCCCCCCCGGAAGCGCCUCUUUCCCUUCACCAACCCCUGACCAUCAUCCCGUGCCAAAGGCGUCACUGCCAGCGACCUCGGGCACGGUUAGCUUUGUUAGCUUGCCCAAAAAGAUUCGCCAGGACAUCUACAAACGAGUCCUCUUGAUGAGGCACUCCAUCUUUCUCUUUCAAGACAGGGGAUCUCGAGUUGAGACGUUUGCACCCGACAAACCUCGCCGAUGGCUUGCAUUACUGCAUGUCAACCGACAGGUAUCCGACGAGGCAAGGGCAGUGCUGUAUGACAUACACCGUUUCGUUUUGCUGGAUACGACGCAGCAACAACUUGGACUCCUACGGUCCUUCCUAACUGGCAUCGGAUCUGUGAAUGCAGGUUUCGUGUCCCACCUCUGUAUCAACUUCCCAGUCGCAGAGAGGAUGGAAGAUCGACCCAGGGAGGUCAAGAUUAGGGAAGAUGGCUUGCAGAGUUUGAGACUUCUGCAAGAAAAGUGCACCAACCUAACGACGCUGGAAACUUGGAUUCACAGCGAGAAUUCCAGGUUUUUGACCGAGACAGACGAGGACGGCUCACGGUUGGUCCAAGAGGCAUUGCCGCAAAUUGAUGCGCAGCUAAAAGUUAUUUUUUCACUGAACAAGAUCAUCGUCAGAGUCCAUGUUCAAAGCCUACCCCCUUUGGUAAUGGAGUUAAUGCGAGGACUGGGAUGGAUUGUCGUGUUCGGCGACCGGUGA